UCUUCGAGGAGAGGUAGACAUUAGAGGGCGCGGCACGGAGCCGGCGUUCCUUCACGAACUACACUCUACGUUGCCACCUGCCGCGCCCGAAACCUGGCACACAAUCUCCCUGGUCUUCAAAGGCCUUGUUUUCAUCACGAUUAUCCUUGGAGCUCUUCUGGGAAAUGCUCUCGUCAUCAUAUCCGUACAUCGUCACAGGAAACUCCGGGUCAUCACCAAUUACUAUGUUGUUAGCCUUGCUGUGGCGGAUAUGUUGGUUGCGUUGUGUGCUAUGACGUUUAAUGCAAGUGCUGAACUUACUGAUACCUGGCUUUUCGGGCCUUUAGUCUGUGAUAUCUUUAAUUCUCUUGAUGUUUAUUUCUCAAGCGCGUCUAUAUUACAUCUUUGCUGCAUAUCUGUCGACAGAUAUUACGCGAUUGUCCGACCUUUGGAAUAUCCUGUCUUAAUGACACAUAAAACUGUCUGCUUUAUGUUGGCUAAUGUGUGGCUAUGGCCAGCAUUUAUAAGUUUUGUUCCAAUUUUUAUGGGAUGGUAUACGACAGAACAACACAGACAGUUUAGGAGAGCUCAUCCUGAUGUAUGUAUUUUUAAAGCCAAUAUGAUUUACGCUAUAAUAUCAUCUAGUGUGUCUUUUUGGAUACCAAGUUUAGUGAUGAUAUCAAUGUAUUGUAAGAUAUUCAGAGAAGCGGUCAGACAAAGGGAGGCAUUAACGAGAACAUCAUCAAAUAUUUUGCUCAAUUCUGUCCAUAUUAAACACACAUCACACAGCGCUCAUCACUCCCAUUACUUACAUCCCGACAGAAGACCAUCCGAUAUUAGUCCAAAUUACAGUACUUUUACCGAAGUCGGUCCCGAGGAAACAGAAUUUGGAGGAGAAGUUGUGUUGGCUCUAGGAGAUAUUUGUCCAAGUAAAGAAGCAAGUCCAAGAAAGUCAGUGAAUAUCAGUUGUGAUACAGCAAGUUCUGGAUAUUGUUCAGGAGGUUCUAACAAGAGAUCCUCAAGUGGUCAACCACCGACGGGUUGGAGACCAAGCUGUACUUCAGCUGUGGCCACAAAAGAACUAGCUAAGGCCGCAACUGAAUUGAAUUCACAAGGUGCGACAUUACGGGCGGCUGGUAAGUCAUGGAGGGCCGAACAUAAAGCGGCUCGAACACUUGGCAUAAUUGUUGGAGCGUUUUUGCUAUGUUGGUUACCAUUCUUUUUGUGGUACGUCACAACAAACGUAUGUGGUGAGCCAUGUGAUACUCCCGAUGUGGUAGUAGGUGUACUUUUCUGGAUUGGAUACUUCAACUCAGCGCUAAAUCCACUGAUUUACGCCUAUUUUAAUAGGGACUUUCGAGACGCGUUUAAAAACACGCUGAUGUGUGCGCUGCCUUGUUGUUUUAAAUGUUGGAAAGAUACAGGCACAGCAUCCUUUGUAUGAUAUUGCAAUAUCAUAUUUUCAAGAUUUAUGAAAUGUAUGAAUUAGAAAGCGUAUAAUCUGCAUUUUUAAUAUCCAAGCAUAAAAUUAAGGCGAAUGGUUAACAAAGGGAAAUAUAAUUUUUUUUUAUUAGACAUAGGACCCACAAUUUUUGCAAAUAAUAGUGCGUUCUGCAAUAAAUCCAAAUUUAAAAUAAUCUAUCACAACGAAUUUUAUUGACAAAACAGGUGACCAUUUUAGAGUAAACAAUUAAAAUUCUGACAAGCUCACGUAAAGCAAUAAUUUUAUUAGAGUUACAACUUUUAGAUGUAGACAAAUAUUUUUGAUUGUCCUAGACAUAAACGUUCAUGAAUGAAAUUAGCUUGUUCUAAGCAAUAUUUUAAUAUGUAGUGGUUGUGUAAUCCUUAGAAACCAAUUUUAAAUCAACGCCAUUUGUAAUUUACCCAAGUAAAAGCUGUUGUCGCAUGAGUAACAUAGUCAUGCAAAAUGUUUUAAACAGAGUAGAAUGAUUAAAACAGUGAAAUAGAAUAAAUUGAUGUUAGUUGUUGAAUUUCAUUAUAAAUAUCUAGUGUACAGAUCUUUCAAGUUAGUUAGAACAUGUAAUUAAAUGUAAAAUAUAUACAUUACCAUAUAUAACCUUGGAUAUAUUGGUUUCCGGUUCAAUUUAAACGAAAUAUAUCUUGAAAUAUUCCUAUAUUAAUUGACUUCAGAAUAAGAGUUAUCGGUGUAUAAAAAUUAAUUUGUCAUGACCUCAUUAAACUUUCUUUUACUAUUGUAGUUAAGACAUUAAUCUAUUUUCUUUGCUGAUUUACAAUAAUUUAGAACAAAAUUUAAUUCAUAAAAUUGAGUUCAUUCAUAAAUUUUAUUAAAUUAAUUUAUUUUCCUUUGUUUUAAUUUUUGGCUUAAAAUAGUUUAAAUAAGAUUUCUACUAUGGAACUUAAAUAAAUUAUAGGUUGAAGAGAAAAUAUUUUUUUGAUCAACGUGACUCAAGAGAGUAUUUAUGUACUAGCCAUAACAUUAUUCUUAACCAGUAACUACAACCUUGUAAGUUGUUUUUUUGAAAGCAAUUAAAUUGUUAGUUUCGGAAAUACGACGCAAGUCCUAUAACUUAUAUCGGAUUGCAAGUGAACAUGCGAUAUGACGUCAUUGAAAACAAAUGUCUAACAUUGUUUACAAGAUUUUUUAAUGAUAAGUAUUAAAUCAUUUAAUUGUAAGUAAAUUUUUAAAGAUACUUCAUAAUAAAAUUUUAUUAUAAGGAGCGUAUUUAUCUUUAUUGGUAGAGAAAUAUUGAACUUUUUUUAAAUGUUAUUUUUAUAAUUUUAUGUAUGAAAAACAUGUUGUAUAAAUUAAGCUUCUAUCGUUCUUAAAAAUAUUUGCUUUUGAAUCUUGCCUCUAUAAUAAAUGUUUAGUAGAUAUUAAAAAAUAGAAUUAAGUUAAGUUUAAGGAUUACUUUGCAAAGGGGAAAACAAAUACGUAAUUAAGUGUUGUAUUGAAUAAAAAUAACAUAAUACAAUCGUUGUAACAUUAGUGUGUAAAUAAAUGUUGUAUAUAGAGAUUUUUUAAUAUUUAUUACAGUAUGCUUAUCAUUUGUUUGCUUUGUCACGUCAAAUAACUUGGGUUUUCAUAGUUCUCAUUCACAAAACUUCGCAUAUGAUAGUAUCGACUUAGGUGUAUGUAUUAAACGCUCGACAUGUCGUGAGUCAAUGCAAACAUCUGGUAAGGUAUUUUAUUGUUAUUGCAAUUAAGCACAUUUUAUAUAUUUUAAAAUAUACAUUUACAUAAAACAUUGAUAAAAAGAUAUAUGAAGAAAUUUACAGGUCAGUUUGUUUAUGUAUAAAUUGGUAUAUUUAAAGAAAGCUUCAGAUACGUUAUGAUUUACGGCGAGGUUUUUCAUAUGAGAAUCUAUUAUAAUCUUUGUGAAAACAAAACCAUGUGAGCUGAAAUAAAAAAAAAAAAACUUAAAUAAUAUGUUAAAUAGUUCAUAGUAUACGACAAAAUUGUUAUACAUCAUUUCCAUUUGUAAAGUUAAAAUGGUUCAUGAAUUAUCUCUCGGUUUAUUUUUUGAUAUUUAUUUUAGUUUCUUAUAUUGAGUCCGAAACAGCCCAGACUGAGUAUUUUAAUUUGAUGAGUUAACUAUAAAUAAACUAUUUACUUAAAUUAAUAAAAAAUCAUGAAUACAUAGAUAAAGUUGUUCUAAACUUAUUUUAAUUAUAUAUUAUAUUAUCAGUUCAUUAUAUAUAUUAUAUAAUUGAUUAUAAAUAUAUUUUUAUAAAUAGUUUGUUUGUAAAUAAUGUAUUAUACAAUUCUAAACAGCAAUAAUAUUAAAUAAGCUUCAUAUCGAAUGUCAUAAGUAAUAUUUAAUCUCGUUGCAAUAUUGGGUGUCGUAUGUAGAUAUUGAGUAAAAUGUUAUAAUAAAUGGUUAAAAUGUAA